AUGGCCAUGUGGCAGAACCUCAUACUGGACUUCACGCGGCACUUCAAGUUGUAUCAGCUCGACGUCGACGAAGCUGCGAGCUCGCCUCUCUUCGUCAACUCUGCCAUCAACCGACGAUUGGCGCCCGAACACAUCCGCACAAUUCUCGACGAUCUGGCCAAGCAAGGAAACGGUGAAUGGAUGGACAAGGAGAAGCGGCGGUUCACCGUCCUGUGGCGAAGUCCCGCCCAGUGGGGCGAAAUCAUCUACAAAUGGGUGUGCAACAGCGGACUGACGGACACGGUGAUGACCGUCUACGAGCUACGAGAGGGAGACAGCACCGAAGGCGAAGAGUUCCACAACCUCGACGGGCAGGUGCUGCUCAAGGCUCUGCAGGCGCUGGAGAAGCAGGCCAAGUGUCAAGUCUUCUCGGGCCACCAGAGCGACGAGGCUGGCGUCAAGUUCUUCCUCAUGUAG